GCAGUUUUGGGGGGAAACUUUUUAGUGGAAUACUAAUUGAAUCGCGGCGGGAGCAGCACUGAAUUUCCAUUUCCUAGCGCGGCAUUUGCGGACAUUUGACGGCAACGACUCGCAGUCAGCGAACGAAGAGCCGCGCAGCCGGCAAACUGAAAGUGAGAACCCUCUCCACCACGCACUACUACAAGUCACGGGCAAUGCCAGUCAGUGCCAGUGCUAGACAAUUUGAUUCACAAUCCAUUGUCCUCACUACCGUUGGUUGCACGGCGAGAUACCACUGAACAAGGAUUACUACGACUGCGACCAGCGCCCUGGCAAAGACGUGUGACGCCAGUGCUGCCUGCGGCUGCGUUUCCUGUUUACACCUCUCCGGGCAACUUCAACACAUCAAUCCUGACCAAUACUAAUUGCGGUGCACCAGGCCAGUAACACUGUCUGCCUGCUCAUACCCUGCCUCGUUCGUUACGAACCCUUCCGACUCUUUCCUUCGUUGGCCGCGGAUAACGACGCCAAACAGCCCCCGAGCCAUCUCUUGCAUAAUGGCUGCUUUAGCCUGCAUCUCUAAAUGAAUGUCCCCAUUCGCCCGGUUUGGGAAGUGACUGGGCAAUGCCUGUCCCGGCGAGGCUGAAGCUAUUCUGAAUUCUAGAGACAACCGGUAGUGCUGGCUGCGGAUGGGCCAACAGCUGGCGAUCGGGGAGGCCACGCAUUGGCUAAAAGCAGUAGAUUAACAAGACCACAUGGCUACCACUACAACCUCUCUCAACCCUUCUCUCCUCGCGAUUCUUCUUGUUACUCAGAGCCGGACAGGGUCUGGCGCUGAGAUCGUGUUCCAUUAUCCCCCAGAUCCUUUGUCUCCAGAUCGGAUUUCGCCUGCAUGGCGGUCCACGGAUGACGACGAGGCAGAAAGCUCAAGCAGUGAUUCGGGGGAGUCGUCUUCGGAGGAAGAUUUCGAACUGUUCACCAAAGGUAGCCAGGAUGGAGCAGUACCACCGGCACCGGUAACAGCAGGAUCUGGAAGCCGUGGUGACCGGUCACAGCGGUCUGACGAUGAGGAUGAGGAUCAUAUGCUGAAGCAAAAGAGCCGGGACGACGGAGGGUGGAAACCACAAUGGGAACCACUCCUCGGGCUGGGAGAGGACGGGCUAGCCAACCUGCUGGCUCCAGGCCGUGCCUGGCAUAAACGCAAGUUUGAGCUGGGCAUCAACGACUUCACGUUCCUUGGUCGGCCGGUGUACGCUCGGGAGGAUGGUUUGUGGCGGAAGCCCAAAUCCAAAAAGUCAUCUCGGGCGGAGGACGAUAGUGUACAACAGUCCUCCGAUACGGCCAACGGAAGUGACAGCGACAAGGACGAGGAGGCUCCGGCCGACGAUGAGACACACGCCGUCAAGGAUAAAGCUGAAACAAAGGAGCAUCGAACAGUUGAACCGCCUAAAAGCCAGUUGACCAUGUUCCAUGCUGUUUUCGUGAUGGACCCUCCACCCUUAGAGCACACCUUACGUGUUAAGGACAUGUAUGACCACGUUGCGAGGAAAAUGUCCAAAGUCUUGAAAUGGGAGCAAUCGCAUCAUGACUAUGUCUGGGAGCAGUCAGAAUUGAUGCACUCAAUCAAAGCGAGCCACUUUCAGCAGAAGUCGCCCACCAAGGCGCUUUACACGGAACUGCUUCGGAGAUCGUCCCUAGCAGCGGCUAUGGGCAAAGUGUUCGACAAUAUUUCGGCCUCCAGAAUAGCCGCCAUCACUCUCAGUUCCAAACUGUCUGUGUCUUUUCAGAUUCCUCCAGUCACCUCGACCUCGUAUCUGCCCUCUCUCAGCGAACCCCCUCUUGAACCAGGGGUGUGGCUCACCACGGCGACUGAUCCCGCUUCGACGGCGGAUGACCUGGACUCGACGUCCAGUGGCGGAGCACUCCAGGUAUCGAAGAACUUCACCCUCUUAUUCAAAUCAAGUCCUCAGAAGAUCCUCAAGGACAUUCAAGCUGCUGGCGGCCCAUUGGCGCUACCACUGGCCAACUUCAUGGCGAAAGCGACCCCAACAAAGUCGUUCUACAAGAUCUCGAUCGCGUCCCAGAUGGCACUGGGGGAUAUCCAGCAUCUCGCGCGUCAUCUUGUCUACUGGAGACGAGCUAUUGCAAUUCCUCCAUUGCAUCAGCGAGACACAUACAUCGUCUCCCCUAAUGCCAACAUGAGCAAACUUGUUUCGGCAUGCAAAUCAUAUGAGGCCACGUUCCCUAUGAUGCCGUCGCUUCCCAAGAUGCUCAACUCACUCAGCGGCACACCUGUCCCCUACGGCACCCUCAUACCCAGCAGCGACCACAAAGAAGAAUACUAUCGAGUUCUGGCAUGGCUGAUGCGCGACGGCUGGGUGACACAGCUUCGCACAUUUGCCUUUGUACGUGUUGGUCCGGAAGUGAAAAAGGCUGUACGUGAGCGGGAGAAGGAAGAGAUUCUCUCGAGACGCUCUGGAGGAGCGCCGCCUACCCCCGCAGGUGACACCAGCAAUAAUAACAACAACAGUUUGGAUAGUAACCGCAAUGGCGAUGUCGCGCAAAGCUUUGGUAGCGGAACUCCCACGACGGUGGCAAGCGGCAGCCUGGGCAUUUCGACAUCAUUCAGGCAGCGGCCCAGUAUGGUCAGCAGGCCUUCUAGUGACGGCCAUCAGUCCAUCUCGACUGACCAUACCAGCGGGCGUGUGACGCAACAGCUGAAACACGACCCGAAGGCGGCGAGUCUGGUCUUGUCUCCUCAGCGCGCCUCACCCGAAGAAUCCCGUUGGCUCGACUACAUUGGCUCUACACUGGUCGGGCACACUGAGACGGAGACGGCGGAGCUGCGACGCUACUGGCCUAUAUUUGUGAAAUACUUUACCGGCUCCGAGGCUCUAGAACGAAUCGCGGUGCGAGAAGGCCUGAAGAGGAAAUUUGUCUGGGACAUGCUGGUCAAGAUGGGGUUGAAUCUGGACGGCGCCGUCGAGGACGACAAAGGCGAGAACAAACGCGUUUUGGUUGCCAUUCGACAUUGGUAGCCUGUCUGACCUACAGAUGGGCGUAGGGCUAGAAGAGGCCUAAAAAUCCCAGGUAGAAGUAUGAUUUCAUCAGGCCCGUGACUCAGACCAGACGGCCGCCACAGUUGUACAACACAACAAAGGAGGGGAGUGGAGGAUAAUACUCAUAUGCACAGGUGUAUGUGUAUAUACUAGUAUCCUUUAUUAUUACAAAAACAAUCCCUAAAACCACAAAAUAAAUCAAAAAAUGGGCAUACUAGAUACAAUA